AUGCUCAAGCCUUCUCCGUGUGAGACGAUGUCUUUGGUUUUGACAGUGAUCAGCCUGGCACUAGCCGAUGCAGGCUACCAAUACAACACGCCUAGUGCGUCAUUCGGUCUGCCAGGAAAUCAACCCGCGAAUUUUCAGACGGGCUCGCAACAACACAGCGCGCUACCAAACGACCAGGACAAGCUGGCACAUUCAGUAUCAUACAAGGACUUUGUAUAUUUAAAGAAUGAUGUCCACCAAAAUAGGGGCGGGCAUCAGGGUUUCAUCAACCAUGCGGCUGGUAACGGAGGAUAUGCAACGCCGCCCGUGAACAAUGGUUACGUAAACUCUGGUUACCCACAGAGCGUUGCACCGGUAGCGUCCGGUGCAAACCUGAAUAGUAACUCUGUGCAGAACUUUGCACCAGUUGGUUAUAAUUACAACAAUGGUCACAGCCAUAACUUUGCACCAAUUUCCGGUUCUUAUGCAAAUAGCUACUCUCAGAUUCCAGCGCCCCCUAGCACUAAUGUAAACCUUGGCUAUCAAUCUAAUAACCAUGUUGUAAAUUCUGGUUAUUCAUCAGCUAUAUCUAGUGGUAGUACGGGAAGUAUUCCACAACCCUUUCCACAUUCUGGAUCUGUUGGCUACAAUAAUGGUUAUCCCCAAGCUUCUAAUGGAAAUGCAUUAAAUAGCUAUUCUCAAGCCAGCAGUAGUUCUAGCCAUGCUGUCAGCCAUGGUCACUCACAAACCUCAUUAUCAUUAGCUAAUUCAAAUUCAAAUAGUGGGUAUUCACAUGUAUUAGUCCCAUAUUCUAGCAGUUUAAGUGUUAACAAUAAUUACGCCCCGAAUCCUUUACCAAUUGUCGGGGAAAGUGUUGACACUGGGUACUCCCAAGCAUUCCCACCAAUUAGCAACGUAAAUUCAAACAGCAAUGGUUAUACUCAAUCUUCAUCUUCCUCUUCUGGUGCCAAUUACAAUUCAGGCUACUCCUAUUUUCCACCAAACUUUUCCCCCAGCUCUGCUGGCUCAGGUAAUUCUCAUGCCCAAAAUAGUUUCACAUCAGCAGGAAGCUCAUUUAAUGGAGGCUACUCACAGUAUAAUAACAUAAAUAGUGGUUACACUCAAAGCUCUUCUCAAAAUAGCCAGAGUCUAAACAAUGGCUACAGCCAACCCAUCCAGUCAACAACACAGCAUGGACAACUCAACUCGGAUAACGGCUGGAAACCGCUGAUCUCACAACCCAGUUCAUCAUUAAAUUCUGGUAUCAGUCAAUCAUCUGGUGCAUUAUUCAACGGAAACUCGAAUUCUUUAUCACAAACCUCUGCAACCAUACAAGCUGGAGUUGGUAGUGGGAUUGUAAACACAGGUUUUACUCAAACAGCUUCAGCUAAUGUAGUCGGAAGUUCCAGUUCCGAUUUUAACAGUGCACCAAUAACUCCUACGGUGUACAAGCACAUAUAUUUCCACGUGCCACCCCCAGAAAUUGAAGAACCAAAAACCACACCGCCACCUCCACCACCGAAAAAGAACUACAAAAUUAUAUUUAUUAAGGUACCUUCGCAACAAUCUAAGUCCAAUUUGGCUCGUUUACAACAAAUUGCUGAAAUGAGUAACGCUUCAGUUGAACACAAAACCCUCAUUUAUGUUUUGGUGAAAAAUCCGGAGACACAACAGCCAGUAGUAUUACCAAAAUCGACCCCUUCGGAACACGAGGUAUUCUUUGUGAAGUAUAAUGGCGACCCAUUGGAAAUAGCGGAGCAAGUCAACAAAGAACUGGAUAAAACUGGUACGGUACAAAGCAUAGUCCCCCUAGAGCCAGGUCUAGUGAAUGGGAAGAAGUGA